AUGAAGUUCUCCACUCUCGCGCUCGGCGUGUUUGCUGGUAUGGCAGCUUCUGCUGCUAUACCUGCUUCUGUCGCCGAUGGCAUGAACCUCUCUGACAAUGGUCUUGGCCUUGUCAACGCUGGCGAUCCUGUUUGCCACAAAAAUUCUGACUGCGGUCCCGGCAUUGGCUACUGUUACAAGGGCAUCUGUGUUGCCGACCCUCCCAAGGUCGAACGCGGCGAUCCCAUCUGCCACAAGAACUCCGACUGUGGUCCUGGUGUGGGCUACUGCUACAAGGGAAUCUGCGUGGCCGACCCUCCCAAGCUUACCUCUCGUGACGAUCCCAUCUGCCACAAGAACUCCGACUGCGGUCCUGGUGUGGGCUACUGCUACAAAGGAAUCUGCGUUGCCGACCCCCCCAAGGUUGAACGCGACGAUCCCAUCUGCCACAAGAACUCUGACUGUGGUCCUGGCGUUGGCUACUGCUACAAAGGAAUCUGUGUUGCCGACCCACCCAAGCUCACUCGAGAUGAUGCUUCUAUCGUUACUUGCCAUUCUAACAAAGAUUGCUUCAACGGUCUUUGCAUUGCUGGUAUUUGCCAUUGGGGCAUUGGAGAGGGUACCGCCUCAAACACUGCGAACAAGAAUUCUGCCUCCCUUGUUCAGACUUCUGAAUCUGCGGAUCCCGUUUGCCACAAGGACUCUGACUGCGGUCCUGGCGUUGGUUACUGCUAUCAUGGCAUUUGUCUUGCGGAACCUCCCAAGCUUACCUCUCGUGACGACCCCAUCUGCCACAAGAACUCCGACUGCGGUCCAGGUGUUGGCUACUGUUACCAUGGUAUCUGUGUCGCUGACCCUCCCAAGGAUGCUCGUGAAGUGUCGGCCGACCCUGUCUGCCACAAGAACUCCGACUGUGGUCCUGGCGUUGGCUACUGUUACCAUGGCAUCUGUGUCGCUGACCCUCCCAUGCUUGCCCGUGCUGAACAGACUGAUCCCGUCUGCCACAAGAACUCCGACUGUGGCCCCGGUGUGGGUUACCGCUAUCAUGGCAUCUGUGUCGCUGACCCUCCCGUUGUUCCUCGCGGCGAAGAAGCCGAUCCUGUGUGCCACAAGAACUCCGAUUGCGGUCCAGGUGUUGGCUACUGCUACCAUGGCAUUUGCCUUGCUGAGCCUCCCAAGUGA